AUGACAACAUCAUCGUUUCAACACGCCCUCUCUCAAGUUUAUGAAUUCUUCUCGUUCUGCUUCUAUGGCUUGUAUUUACUUGUGUGUGAGCUGGAGCUCUACACCAAAUUCAAAUCCAUGAUUCCAUUUGUGGGAGAGAAGACUAAACCUCUUCUUGCCACGCUCGAUGAGAUGAUUAGCGGAAAGGUUGAGCUAGUGAAGCCCAAUCCCGAUCAAUAUUAUGUCAUUACUGGAGCCAACUCGGGAAUUGGUUUUGAAACUGCCAAAACUUUGGCCUGUGAAUUUGGUUUUAAUGUCAUUUUAGCAUGUCGUUCCGAAGCGAGAGGUAAUGAAGCAAGAGAAAAAAUUCAACGAGAACUUGACAAGAAAAAUUCAAAGGUAUCUCUCAAAUUUAUGAAAUUGGAUUUAUGCUCCUUGGAUAGUGUGAAAUCUUUUGCUGAAAAAUUAAACCAGCAAAUCAAGGUCAAAUGUCUUGUCAACAAUGCUGGAGUGAUGAUUCCACCCUAUGAGCACACAAAAGAAGGUCAUGAACUUCAAUUCGGAUGUAAUUAUUUGGCACAUGUUUUGUUGACCUUGUUGUUGAAAAAUAAUUUAGUUGAGAAUGGACCUGACAGUAGAGUUGUUUUUGUAUCAUCAGAGGCACAUCAUCCAGGAACAAUCCAUUUUGAGGACCCUGAUUUUAAGAAGAGAAGAUACAAUCCCUUCGAUGGAUAUACUCAAUCCAAGAUGGCUCAAAUAAUGUUCACUUAUCAUUUCGACAAGUUGCUUAAAAAGGAAGGAUUGGCUGAUCGUGUCAGCGUGAAUUCCAUUCAUCCUGGAAUUGUAGCAACAAAUAUUGGUACUCAUUUGUGGUUCCCUUUCAAUCAUGUCUUCAAUUUUGGAGUUAAGCUCGUCGCUCUGACACCCAUCGAAGGAGCCAUUAAUCAAAUUUAUGUUGCGUGUGCAAAGGAGUUGGAAAAAGUUUCUGGAAAAUAUUUUGUUCAUUGCGCACCAUCUAGGAGCAACACUGAGAGUUAUGAUCCAGAGAAAAUUAGCAAGCUCUAUGAAAUGACUUUAGAAAUUCUCAAACCAUGGUUGUAA